GUAUUAAUCCACGCUUCUACAGUUAAAAAACAAAACAUAUUUUUAGCCAAUACUAUUGAAUAAAUAAAGCACUUUAUAACAUAAUACUUACACAAAACAUCACUUAAAAAUCCAUGAAUUCUUUAGCAGUUUAAAUUUUGGUUUGCCAGCGCCAUCAUAAAGUAUUUAUAACUUCGCUCCUCUCGCACUAUUCACACUAAAACGCAGAUGUUUUUUGAACGAGAGUGGAGUUAAUAAAUAUAUCGGGUAUUAAAACACGGAGUACACAUGUAACCGUUAUGUAACGUAAUGAUUACUGACGUCACGAGUAAACUACGUAGAUGACAAGUUAUAUGUUCAGAUGCAACUACUAUUAUUAUUACAAACUACUUAAUUAACAUAUAUUUUAUGUUUUCAUCGAACGCUUAAGAAAAUGUAAAGGCAAUUAAACAGCCGCUUGAUUUUGUGGCAAACCAUGUUUCUGUUACAACGCUUACAUGACAACUUACAUGAGGUGGGUGAUGAUUAACGUCAAGAGUACGAUGAAAAAAUCACAGCGGUGUGCCGUCAAAACGUGACGACACGAAAAAACAUCGUUUUAAAAAAUCUUAGUACAUUUCAGAUUUGAGAAUGUACCUAUUAAUACAUAACAGAUUUAAAAUACAAAGUGCGAAAAUCUUACUUACUACAUAUCGCAAUGCCUAAUAACUAUUGGUUAAAUAAACUGUAAAUAAAAUUAUUGUCAACAAUUACGAGGAAGGUAACCUAAUUUAACAAUUUGGCGAACUCCGCUUAGAUCGUGUGGACCAGCAUCUAACAAUUUUGCAUCAUGUUGUUCAAGAUAUUUGACAGGAACAUAUUAUUAUAUGUAUGUAUUAAGAAGCAAGUACGGAAAAUCACAAGAGCCUAAUAAUAAUAAUAGGCCUUUUCAUCUGUGUCAGAUGUUUUAAGCAGCAUCCUAGUGACGACACAAUGCGUUCGUGGCUGUAUAGUACCGCGUGAGGAUCCUGCGUCCACUAGUGCCUAUAUAUAACGAAAAUAAGAAAAAUAACAUACAUACAUACAUAUACACUGUGUGGUCCCGAAACUAGGGCCACAGUAUAUUACUUAGUUAAAAACACUUGCAGUGCCCGAAAGGUACGGUUACGACAUUUAUGUCACAGAUUUUUUCGGAACGGUAACGAUAGUCACGGUUUUUUUUUUAAACGGUAAUCUAAAUGUAACGAUUUUCCCGUGUCUACAACUCACAAGCUGAUCAAUUAAUGUCACCCGCACGCGUCCUGUUCUCAGGUAAACUCUUCACCGUUUGUUACAAAAGAACAUCGGACUGUUAACUUCAAGUUUUCUCGAGUAGUGGUUUACACCAACAGAUAAAAUGUCCAAAAUUCUAGACGAAGAUAUGAAUUACGAUAAGAUUUUUUGGAUUGCUACAACAGCAAUGCGUCUGAAUCGCUCACAUCCGUGUAUCGCCCGAGACAAGUUCUGGCGCACUCAAUUUAUUGGAAUUUCGCUUUUAUCCCUAUCCUGUUUCAUAUUUUUAUUGUAUUCUAUUCUUUUCCACGAUAUACAAUGUGGAUUAUUUGCUGAUGCUAGCAAAAAUGCUAUAAUGGCUAUAGUAGCUUUCACGAUUACCUACAAAUACUCGAUUUUGUUACGAUACCAGGAUACCGUUAUAGAACUUAUUCGCAUAGUUGAUAAUGAUUACGAAUUGGCUAAGGAGUUCUGUGAAGAGGAACAACGUAUCGUGCUUCACUAUUCUAAGCGAGGAGUCAAAGUAUGUCAGUAUUGGUUCAUUUCUGUUUGUUCUACGAGCGCUAUUUUCCCUUUGAAAGCGUUGAUGCUCAUGGGAAAAUCAUACAUGGCCGGCGAAUUUCAAUAUGUGGCAAUGUUCGAACUUACUUACCCAUGGAUCUUAGAAGAUUAUAAGAACGUUCAUAUUAUUUUUACUAUGCUAUUCGGUUUGGCAUUAUUCUUCGAUAUUUAUGCAGCCUCGAUGUAUGUAGGGUUCGAUCCGAUGAUCCCGAUAUUUAUGCUUCACUUAUGUGGGCAGCUCGAUAUCCUUAAUCUUCGUAUAUCAAAGAUUUUUUCUGACACUAAAGAUUCCGAUGAAACUGUUGGUAAAAAUCUAAAAGAAAUUAUAUUGAAACUGCAGGAUGUUUACAAAUUCAUUGAAGUAAUUAAAACGAACUUUACAGUGUUGUACGAAUUUAUUAUGAAAACUACAACAUUUCUGCUUCCACUCACUGCGUUUCAAAUUACAGAGUCUUUACGGAAUGGGGAAAUAAACUUUGAAUUCAUCGGCUUCUUUACCGGUGUCAUUUUACACUUCUUCAUACCAUGCUAUUACAGCGAUCUUUUAAUGGAGACGGGUGAAAAGUUUCGUCUAGCAAUAUAUUCUUGCGGCUGGGAGAAAUACUCUGACAAGCGCACGCUACGCACCGUCCUGUUCAUGCUGACGCGAGCCAUCAAGCCAGUCGUUAUCAGCACGGUUUUUUGUGCCAUCUGUCUUGACACUUUCGCUGAGAUGUGCCGAGGAGCGUAUUCUAUUUUUAAUCUGAUGAAUGCAGCUUGGGCUUAGUGUCUCAAGGAGAGAUCCAGACG